AUGAUGCUGCAGAAACUUAGGAACCACUCUCCUCCCCAGCAGAACCACCCUCCUCCCCAGCAGAACCACCCUCCUCCCCAGCAGAACCACCCUCCUCCCCUGCAGAACCACCCUCCUCCCCUGCAGAAGCACCCUCCUCCCCUGCAGAACCACCCUCCUCCCCUGCAGAACCACCCUCCUCUCCUGCAGAACCACCCUCCUCCCCUGCAGAAGCACCCUCCUCCCCUGCAGAACCACCCUCCUCUCCUGGAAGAACGCACAUCACCGCCGUGUCAUGGACUGGAUGAAAUGAAAAAGCAGCCCAGGUUGACUCAGCCUUCGCUCUGUUGA